AUGAAACCGUUUCCAAAUCAAAAUCAUUCUGUAGCUUAUAAUACAAUGCAAUCAAGUCCCAGUCAACAGCAGGUUUUAAACCAAGAGAACAGAAUAAUCCAGUUAGUUCGAAAUUUGGAUAAGCGAAUAAAGGCUGCUGAAAAGGAAAGAAAGUCAAUUUUGAGAAUCAUAGCGCACUUACAGACUCAUGAGGAACUUAUUACUGACAGUGAAAAAUAUCCAGUGAAUGGAAUCGACCCCUCAUUUACUGAGAAUAAGCGGAGGCAAAACUCAUUUGCAUCAGUUAAAAUUAACAACAAAAAUAUAUCCAUUCCACCGGAACAGAUUGAUGCUGCUUUCUACUUCCAUUUGCAUAAUCCAAUGCAAAAGCUCCGAACAUUGGCUAACCAUUGUCGCGAAUAUUUACAAACAAGUUCAUAUUCCAAUCAAAAUGAUAGUAAAAAUCCUGCUCAUCAACCAGAAAUACCGACCACGAAUAAUGUACCAAAAUUUUUCCCAAAAGGUUGUUCAUGUAUGAAUCUUCGGUCAAAUGAUGGCUUCAGUAUGUGCUAUUCUAAUUCCGGUACAACUGACAUUACCCAUCGUGGAGUCGAAAAAGCAUUCAAAAGAGGAGACUACUGUAAAACUUUGUUGGGUAAUUCUACUUCGACGAAUCCAGUGUCUGAUACUAAGUUUCAAGUUCAUCGAGCUGUUAAAGUUGCAACAUCUGUCAAACCGCAUCCAAGAAUUUCGAAUGCUAAUAAAACGAUAUUUUCUAAUAAUAAAUAUUGUAGUGGAAGAUGUUACCACUGUAAAGAAAAUCAAUGGAAGAUAAACAUGUCACCUGUGAUCUACACUGUGACUGAAUAUUCUUCACCAAUGAAAAAAGUAGCAUGGAGAUAA